UGAGAAUGCUCAUGCGGAAGCAUUCUCAUGAAGGUGGUUUUUACUAACUUGCUUUGGUUUCCUACUUUAUCGUUCUUACGCUCUUGUAUGAUCUUGCCACGUAAAGGAUUGCAGACGAGGUCUAGUUUGGAAGACGACAUCCAAGUCCUGAAGGAAGACAACAGGCAUUUGGAGGAGCGAUUGAAAGGUGCCCUUGCAGAUAUGUACAAGUUGUCCGAGCAUGCAGAUGUUGAGAAGAAUGCAUCUGCGACAAGCUUGGCUGAACUGGAAGAUAUGAUCCGAAGAUUAAAGUACGAGUUAGAUAAGAUGACUAGCAGCAGUAAGAAGAAAGAGGACAUUAUCAGUAAUGAUAACUGCAAGAUUGAACAACUGCACUCAUCCUUAACAAAGACCCAGAGAGAGCUGGACGUUGCAUUGGCAGAGCUCGAGAAAGAACGAUAUAACAUAGCAGUUAAGGACGACGAGAUUCAAGAGCUAGAUUCUGUGAAGAGAGGAAUUGGUGAAGAAGCGUCCCAGCUGCGUUCAAGCCUUUCAGAAAAAGAAGACUAUAUUCAACGGCUGGAGGUCAAGCUUAAAAUUGGCGUGGCCGAACAUGAGUUGAAACUGAAAAACAUGGAGGAAGACUUUUCGCGAACGAGAGAACUUCGGCGAGAGAAGCACCGGAAGGGAUUGCAGUCUAAGCUGAAGGAGCAACAACUGAAACACCUGACUCAUUUAAAUAUUUAUCAGAAAAGGGUUGAUCACCUCGAGGCUGAAAUUGAGACGCUGAAAGUACAUGGUGAACAUGAGCUUAAGUCUCUAAACUCCCAAGUAACAGAUCGUGAAGACAAUUUUAAACUGGUGUGCUUAAAUUUCGAACGAAAACUUCAAGAGUCUCAACGAAAGGGUACACAGCUGGAAGAGUCACUGGAGUUGCUGGCUCAAGAGCUUCGUUCGAGAGAAAGGCAAAAGGUUGCUGACAUCGAAUCAUUAAACCGAGAAGUUGAGGAUGCGAAACUUGCGGAGAAGAAUGCCGAAGCGGCGGCUUUGCAAAGCUAUUUGGCCAAGCUUGAACAGAAGGAGAAGGAAUUCCAUCAGAACGUGGAAGACGAAUAUGAGCGAGCUGAAUGCGCAAUUCAGAAGUUGAACGAGAUGCAUGCUAUCGCUAUAGAAGUUGCUCUCCAUAACCAUCAGAUGGAGCGUGACGCUCUUAAAAACGCGUUUGAGGAAACUAAGGCACAAGAGAUUCGAGUGGCAGCUGAGAAAUAUCAGAAGCAAAUAGAGGAGGCUGAGGCUGAGUUUGAAGAGGAGCGCAGAAGGUUCAGGCGUGAGCAGGAUGAAACACGAGUUGUAGUCGUUCAGCAACAAAAUGCUUUAGUAAUGGCUCAUCAGCACGCUCUUGAGGCUCAAAUGAAAAAGGCAGAGGUUGAGGUGACUCAACUCAAAGAAACUCAUGCGAGGGAGAUGGCUAUUGCUGUGUCUCGGUCCACUGAAAAGGUGGUCUUGGAAUCUCUGACCUUGCAUGACGACCACAAGAAGCGGCUAGAACGUCUUUCUGAAGUCCAUAGAUCAGAGACGCAAAAACUGAACGAGAUCCACGCAAAGGAAACAGAGAAGACUAAAUCCCAUAACUCUCACUUGAUGCACCGUAUCACCGAUCUGGAAAACAUGGUGACUCUUAAGGAGCAAAAACUGAAAGAUUUAAGCGAUAACAGGCGUGAGAUUGAAAUAAAGAGCGAAUCUGCUUUGAAGGAGUUGAGGCUGAGCCAUGAGAAAGCCUUCAACUUUCAGCGGUGCAAGUUUUCCAAGGACAAGGAAGCUAUGGCAAAGCAACUGGAAAAGAAAUACCGGACCGAGCUAGACGCCUGCAACACGUUUCAUGCACAGCAAUACCAAAAUCCCCAACAAGAUCUCAACCGUAGCAAGGUAGCCUGUUUCGCUUUUACAUUCUUCUGUAUCAAGAAGACACAAAGAAAAAAACUUACCGUGAAGUCUUUGGUACGCCAGAUCUUUAGCUUCGCACAACUCUUGAAGCUUCACGUACAGCUGCUCCAAGUAUGUAAUUCUCUCCACAUCUUCUGGUUUCGACUCUCGGUUAUCAAAUCGUUCCUGCAGCUCUGGAAAAAGCAAAGUAAAAAUCUUGUCAACAGGACACACAGAGACGUUACCUUCAGCUUCACAAACUGUUGCUGUAGCUCUGUCAUUUCUGCUUGCUUUUGCCUCAUCACAAGCUGGCGAUUCCAAGAAAGACGCAUUGGCUGAUGGCUUACUCGCAGGUGAGUCGAAACAAAUCAAGAUGGAAAUGCUAAACCGAGAAGAAAACUACAACAAAAUCUUCAGGAGCUCCCCAGUGGUCCAGCCGACAUCGAUUGAAUUGAAGCCAAGGAGCCCAUCGCGAUCGGCGCAAGGCUCACGCUCAGCAUCUCGUCAAGGCAACCGUGUAGAAAUAAAGUUCUAGAUCAUUCUAAGUGCCACCUGGUAAAUUAAAGCAAGACGUCGGCAUUGUUUUCUUCCCUUGAUCCAUCUUAAAUUUAUAAAAGUUCGCCGCAUGGCAAACUCUGCUGA